UGUAGGGUUUAUUUCCUUUUUAGUCAAAUAUUAAACAUGUGAAAACAACUGUCGAUCCGUUAUGCUUUCUUGGCCAAAUACUAAACUGAUUUAAGUAUAUUUUGGAUAAAACAACUACUUAAGUAUAAGAUUAAAAAUACACUUAAUACAUGUAAGUAGGGUGCGAAUGUUCUCAAGUAAUGUAACCAAUACUGAAGGCUAUGAUUGAUGACCGUCUACCACGAAUACUCGAUUGUUACUCGGCUGAUUCCGAAGUAUUGGAUCGUUUUAAUACUCGGAAACUGAAACUCACUUCUAAUAUGUGUUAUUUGUAAGGGUUUUUGUGUGCCCCAUGUUGGGCGCCAAUUGGGAUCCAUUUUGUCUGUCAAGCUUAGUCUUAUAAAAACUACGUAAUUAUCGCCUUGGUAACUGUGAGGGGGUUGGGAACAGUUUAAACGCUUUGUUAACUUGACAAGUCGAAUAUUGGCGAUGUUCAAUAAAACCCCUUUUUUUAUUCACCUUUUAUGGGACUGCAUAGAUUCACUCAUGAUUUUAAAUAAUUCACACUAAAUAUUACCAGGCAAAUGGACCAUUAAUAUGCGAAAUAUUUUAUUAGCCACACACACGUAUAAUUGUUAAAACCUAUGAUGCAUUACGUUAAUAUUGUUCAUAUAUCCGUUGGCUGUAAUUAUUAAAAUUGCUUGAAAAUAAAUAAGCAACCGCUUAUUAGUCAGACCUGAUUUAUUAUGUGUGAUCUUUCUGAUUAAUGUGUAAUUCCAAUUAGUAUUAUUAAAUCAUUUAUGUUAUUCAGCAAGCGCGUUAAAUAUAACAGAUAAAUACGAUAGACGGUAAGACACGUGCCGUCUUUUAUUUCUGUCCUAGUCUUUUGAGACCGAAAAUAAUUCUUGCAGGAAGAAUUCGUUAACAUUCCUGGUUUCGUAAAUUUGCGCGAUGAGCUUCGAGGCCUUGAUACUCAAAAUCCUGAGCUUUCUGCUCGUAUCGCCGGCAGCAGACGCCCUGGGGAAUAUGGUACGGACACCAAGGUUACCUAUAAGUCAAAACACCAAGGCAUUCUUGGGAUACCCAGAAGACUCCUUCUUGAAUUUUACGGAGCUAACCAGCAAGUAUGGGUAUCCAUCCGAGGAGCAUACAGUGGUCACAGAGGACGGAUACAUCCUUACCAUGUUCAGGAUCACAAAAACCAGGAACUGCAUCAAGAGCAGGUCUCCGCCAAUACUGCUGAUGCACGGGCUACUGCUAAGUGCACAUGCCUGGAUAGACUCUGGACCAAGCUCUGGACUGGCAUACCUCCUCUCCAAUACCUGUUACGAUGUCUGGGUCGGCAAUGUACGCGGAAACAAUUACGGUCGAAGACAUGUGACCUUAAAUCCAAGCAAAGAUCCAAGAUUCUGGGAUUUCUAUAUCGAAGAGAUUGGAAAAUAUGAUUUACCUGCCUACAUCGACUACAUUUUGGAUUACACAAGAUCUGAAAAAAUUAACUACAUCGGCUACUCUCAGGGAGGUGGAACAUUUUAUGUGAUGUGCUCUGAAAGACCGGGAUACUGCGACAAGGUGCAACUGAUGAUAACCCUGGCUCCAGCGACCAGGCAUUACAACACGCGAGGACCAGGGUUCAGGACCAUAACACAGGCACUAGAAAAGCUGGAAAAACCUUUAUCUUUGUUAGGUCUUUAUGAAGUCUUCGCGAAUGGCGCCAUCACUCAGGAGACCACUGCAUUCUUCUGCCAACUUUCCUACUUGACUGCGAAGCUGUGUGGGGCCAACUUGAACCUCUUCGAGCUGCUGUAUUCCUUGCAUCCUGGUUCUAUCACAAAAUACACUAUAGAAGUUUUGUUUGGGCACUUCCCGGCUGGAACGUCUCUACGGAACAUGGCUCGGUAUGGCCAAAGCAUGAGGAGCAAGAGGUUCCAGAAGUUUGACUACGGGUUGGAGCAGAAUCUGGUGAUGUAUGGAAGUGAACGGCCUCCGGAGUACAACCUCAGUGCUGUGACAGUGCCUGUGGUCUGUUUGUAUGGAAGAAACGAUGGCAUAGUGGACAGCAGAGACGUAGCAUGGCUGGUGUCACAGCUCCCCAACGUGCUGGAGACAAAAAUGGUAGAUGAUCCUCUUUGGAACCAUUUUGAUAUGGCAUACAGUCAGCACACAAGAUAUGCUCUGUUUCCUACAAUUAAUGAAUAUUUGCUUAAAUUUUCUUCCCCAUAACUGUAAGCUUUGAUUGUCUUGACUGUACCGGCCACGCAAGAUGCGAUUUGGUGUUUCCUUUCAAUUGCACUCCAAAUUAUCUAUUUAUCAUUAUAACAAAUGCAGCAUAAGAAAUUUAGCUGUUUCUUGGUAUGAUUGUCGUCAUUAAUAGAAAGUAAAAACAAAAGGAAAAAAUGUAUCAUUGAUUGCCAACAAAAGCUUAGGGAAUCCAGAAUUCAAAUCUACCAACAGCUCAAUUAAUUUUGCACUCUAUAUCAAAAGCAAUAGAGUUAAUUUCACUAUCAGUGAAUAUCUACUUCCCUGUAAUCCUCUGUCACACAAUCCGUCUAUAUCCCGUAUUAUGACGUCAGGACAUAAUAUGACGUCAUAGAGAGCUUCUGGUACUUAGUCCUCUUAUGAGCAAGCAGCUUAAAGGCAAUAAUGUACCGAGGCUCUGACAUCAGGUUGUGAGCUAAGUCGGUAUUAUGAACUACGGAAUAUUACAAGUUUAAAUAUAUUUCAAGGCACCGUUGAACGUACCCUAUUAUUAUAUGGUAUUAUACUCAUGUAAAGGAGUACAUUGUGUAUUAUUUUCUGCACCUAUUAUGUUAGCCUAUAGAUAAAUUGGUCAGAUUACUUUUUAUUUAUUUAUGAACUUUGCCGAUUAAAAAAGCUAUGGUCAGAUUACAAAAUUUCAAGUUUUCACCGGUUUUCAAUGGCAAUAACACAAUUAAAAAAGUAUUCGAAUCAAAUAACUAGUUAUCAUUUCCAAAAACAUUCCAUUAAUUUUAAGAAGUAUUUCUGAUCAAUAAAUUUUAUCCAAUCUUGACAUUAUUAUUUCAAGCUUUUUUACUUUCGCUUGUCGUUUUGGCCGUAGUCUGUUCGUCUUUCCGUCUGUGUUGACAGACACUAGGUCUUGGCUGAUGAGCCACGAUAGCACACAGUUGAAUGUUUCAGAGAUGGCAUUUUUCUGUUGCCUCUGAUAAAAAUCGAGGCUGCAAAUCAGAUAUGGCCAUAUAUUUAAGCGGUUCUAAUGUCUUUAUAUUUAGCCACUGCAUUUAUACUUGACCUGUUUAUAUACAAACACGCUUAAUAACUCCGCAAAACAGAUGACUAUUAAAACCUCUCACCUUAUACUUGCGACCAAGAAAACAUUAGUAGCAUUCAUUAAAUUAGUUAUGAGCAGAAGGCGAUCUUGAUCGAUGAGUGUUCCUUCGGCGUUACUUCCGAGUUGGUGGCGCACGUGGCGACGACCAAAUAUUGGGAACAUUUGGUCCGUUGUUAUCAACACGUUUGUUUGAGAAGCUGUGGGUGGAGUCAUUAGGGUAAUGCUUUGGCUAUUCUGGGUAAGAAACUUAAACGUUGUUAGGAGUUUUAUGCAUUUAUUUAUUUGGAUUUCCAACAAGAAGAACACGAUACAGGCAUAUUUGCAACCAUAGCAUUAAUAAUAUUCUAUGAUUUUUAUCUAAUAGGAAAUCACAUCAUGCGCAGUAACAAACCCGAACACUAUUCAAUUUGAGUUGAAAUAACCAUUUUUUUUUAAGAAACU